AGAGCAUUGAGGAAUAUUAUUAUCGUUCAGGCUGCUGACCUGAUAAAGGACAGAGUGAACCUCAAGGGAUUUUACAGGAGGAGCUGUGUUGGGUCAGAGCUCGUAGACUGGCUUCUAGAACACUGUCCCUUUGUCCAGUGCAGAUCUAUGGCCAUAGGGGUCUGGCAACUCCUACUGGAUAUGGGAAUUAUGUUAUCAGUGGACCAGAAUAUAUACUUUCAAGAUACCUAUGUUUUCUACCAGUUUUCGUCUGAGGAAUGCAGCUAUUUGUACUGUGAAUUUGAAAGAGAAGAAGAAUGGCAGAAUGGUGUCAAACUUUUACUGCAACUUGUGCCUCUCAUUCCUGCCAAAGCUGGCAUCUGUGAGCUGUCUCAUCAGAAAAUCGAAGACUCAGAGGAAAGCAGUGAUGAAAUUCUUGCUCGCCUAACGUCUGCGGUGCAGAGAGAGCUGGCAGCUGUGAUUGCUUUGAAAGCAAGGAAGUCUGCACUUGAACAAGAUGAAGACAAUGGUGACAAACACGUAAUUGUGACAGAAGCUGAAGGUGUUCCAGAUUCUCAGGCAGGAGUGAUGUGCAAACUCCAGGAGAGAGAUGACAUCGGACGGAUUGAACUGGUUCAGAAGCUGACAAGAGAAAACUGUCCAUUUUUGCAGACAGACAGAAAGGAACAGGAGAAAUCUGAACACGAUGAGGAAGUGGCGACUGUCCAGGUGAAGGAGCAGGAGAGGAACGUCCUGGUGCUGAAGAAGGUGCAAUGCUGUGGCCCAGCCCCCGCGGGCGGCAGCGCGGAGAGUGAUUGGAGAUACGUGGUCGUGUCCGGGACCCCCGAGAAGAUUUUGGAGCACCUUUUGAAUGACUUGCACCUGGAAGAAGUCCAGGACAAAGAAACAGAGACCCUCCUUGAUGACUUCCUUCUCACGUACACGGUCUUCAUGACAACUGAUGACUUGUGCCAGGCGCUAUUGAGGCACUAUUCUGCUAAGAAAUAUCAAGGCAAAGAAGAAAACUCAGAUGUUCCUUGUCGGAAACGGAAGGUCUUACAUCUCGUGUCCCAGUGGAUUGCUCUGUACAAAGACUGGUUACAUGAAGACGAACAUUCAAAAAUGUUUUUAAAGACCAUAUACAGAAAUGUACUGGAUGACGUGUAUGAAUAUCCAAUACUUGAAAAAGAAUUGAAAGAAUUUCAAAAGAUACUUGGAAUGCACCGUCGUCACACUGUAGAUGAAUAUUCACCACAAAAGAAGAAUAAAGCCCUUUUCCACCAAUUCAGUCUUAAGGAAAACUGGCUCCAGCACAGAGGAACUGUGACUGAAACAGAGGAAAUUCUUUGCCAUGUGUAUAUAACGGAGCACUCCUACGUCAGUGUGAAGGCCAAAGUUUCCAGCACAGCACAUGAGAUCCUGAGAGUUGUGGCAGAAAAGAUCCAGCAUGCGGAAGAGGAUCUGGCUCUGGUGGCCGUCGCAUUCUCCGGGGAAAAGCAUGAACUUCAGCCAAAUGACUUGGCCAUCUCCAAAUCCUUUGAAGCAUCUGGUCGGAUAUAUGUCUACCGGAAAGACCUGGCUGACACUUUGAACCCGUUUGCAGAAAAUGAGGAAUCCCAGCAAAGGUCGAUGAGGAUUUUGGGAAUGAACACUUGGGAUCUUGCUCUGGAAUUAAUGAAUUUUGAUUGGAGUCUCUUCAAUUCAAUCCACGAGCAAGAGCUGAUCUACUUCACGUUCAGCCGACAAGGAAGCGGGGAGCACACCGUGAACCUCAGCCUUCUGCUGCAGAGAUGCAACGAAGUCCAGCUGUGGGUGGCCACGGAGAUCCUGCUCUGCAGCCAGCUGGGCAAGCGGGUGCAGCUGGUGAAGAAAUUCAUCAAAAUCGCUGCGCACUGCAAAGCCCAGAGGAACCUGAAUUCUUUCUUUGCUAUUGUGAUGGGUCUCAACACUGCUUCUGUGAGCCGACUGUCGCAGACCUGGGAGAAAAUCCCUGGGAAGUUUAAGAAACUUUUCUCUGAACUCGAAAGUCUAACAGAUCCUUCCCUGAAUCACAAAGCCUACAGAGAUGCUUUCAAAAAGAUGAAGCCACCCAAAAUCCCAUUCAUGCCCCUGCUGCUUAAAGAUGUAACAUUUAUCCAUGAAGGAAAUAAAACAUUUUUGGAUAAUCUUGUCAAUUUUGAAAAACUGCAUAUGAUUGCAGACACUGUCCGGACCCUGAGACACUGCAGGACGAACCAGUUCGGAGGUGACAUGUCUCCAAAGGAACACCAAGAGCUAAAAUCCUACGUCACCCACCUGUAUGUCAUUGACAGCCAGCAGGCCCUGUUUGAGCUGUCCCACAGGAUCGAGCCUCGGGUGUGAGCCCCCCAGCUCCCCGCUUCGCCUCCCCUGAACUUGCGGCACUUUGAGCUCCGAGAAUGUCAGUGCCGAGCACGUUGCUUUCCUGUGAGAAAGGAGUUGCUGAGUUUUAUCAGUAUAUCAUAAGAUGCCCGCUGGACAGCCAAGCAAAGCGUGUUCAGGAGGUUGAUGUCAGCCACCAGAGAUGGGGAGAGGCCUCUGCUAGCUGCUCUCAGAACGAGAAGGCAGAGAAAGAGUCGGAAGCAUUCUUGAAAUGGAGAAGUCUGGUUUCUUAUGACUGCAUUGUUGAUCCAACCCAGUUUUCAAUUUGAGAUGUGCCGGCAUCAACACGAGCGUGUGUCCUGUCCUCCGGUGACCCAGUGUUUCAGUACGAGUGUGCUCGGAACGGAAGUUUUCCGUUGCCUGGUGACAGAUUACUGUUUAUAGGCUGGGGAAGAAGGAGCUCAUUUGAACACCUAAAGACAGUAAUGGCAUCUCUCGAUUUCCAGGGAGAAGGAGUGGCUGCUGUCAGUUCAGACUGUGACAUCACCAAGAGCCACCUGUGUCUAGAAAAUUAGGACCGCAGCUGGCAUCCAUGCUCUGAUUUCCAAAAGGGAAAUGUCGAGGCAUGCAUUUCUUUGCAUCCACAAUCACUUAUCGAUGUAGGCUUGCAGGUGAAAUUCAUUUCUGCACAACCAGUUUGCAACUCUAGGCAAAUUAGGCUAUGUUGCUUUACCAAUAAGGAAUAAUAGUAAUCUUUAAGAAAUGGACUCCUUGUUCAAUUUCCAGGGAAUUUCUUUACAUGUGCAAGAAGAUUCACAUUUCUUACCGGGAACAAUAUGAUUUUUGAAAAAGCACAGUGCCUGAUAGAUUCUAGGCACCCAGUACUUGUUUAUUGAGGGAGCAGAGUCCCAGAGGUCUGCAUUCUUGUGCCUGGUGAUGGAUGCCCUAGUGUUCUGCAUCCUCCAGCAAGCUCCUUUGCCCACAGCAGAGAAUGGAGGGAAGUGGGAUUUGAUGUGUGAAGCACUUGGCACUCCCUAGAGAAGAGCAAGGUAUUUAGUAGCGACUGCCCAUCUUUCAGCAAAUGCAAAGAACCCCAAAAUACCCAAAUGUCUGAUUACGUUGGACACUUAAAAGUCCUGCAGUCCACCUCCUAAUCAAGACCCAGAGCUUUUCUAUAAUUUGUCUUUUUCCCCCCAGAUUCUCCGAGUCUUCUAGUCUACUUUUUAUUCCCAUUUUCAGAGAUGGGCGCUCCUACAGUAGAGAAAACCUCAUGCUGUUCUCAACUGAUUAGAGGAUUUCCCAGGAGCUUCAAAUGAACAACAACAAAAAGCCUGUGGGCGUUGCUGUAAUACCAGGGCCCUGCUUCCUAUGUUCAGUCCAUUUAUUCUCCACACCUGUGCGUUCUGUCCUGCCUGUUCGUCUCUCAGCGUCCGCACAGGACCGCUUCCUUCUGGCCCAUUAAUACCUUAUUACUGAGGGUGUCCGACGCUUUCUGUUAGCAGUGCUAUUUCCUGGGCUCGGGAACCACAUUGAGCUUGAGAGAGUGCUGGAAGGAACCAUGUGGAGAAAAUCUGGGGUAGGACUUUCAAAGAGACCUGGUCUGUCCUAGAAUGUGUAAACUUCAGUCCUGAAAACUAACAGGGCUUUACAGAAAGGCACCAUCCGGAGAUGGUCCACUCAAGAAAAGCUCCAGGCUCCUGGGAAUGGACAGACCCACUGGAGGAGACCAGAGCCAUCGGGACCAGGAAAAAUCGGCUCCUUUCCCGGCUGAUCAGACCCUGGAAAAGCUCUCCCCUUGGCAGUGACUGGGGACAGCUUGGGCUUAUAGCACAAGCCCAUGUUCUCACCUUUUCCCUGUGUUGGGAAGGAUCAUUUGAUCAGUCUACUCAUGUAAGGACAUUUUGACGUCAUCUCCACAUUUCACAGUUUGGGUGGCUGUUCACAGGAGCUCUGCGUUACUCUAACACGAACGUGACCUCUCCAGGACUUUCAGUGGAGAACUAUUUCAGCAUAGCACCUGCUGCUUAGAUCCCGACCCCAAUAUGUGCACAGCCAAAUGAAUCCACACAUACUCAUUCUGAUGUGUAGUCAGUAUUCCACAGGCCUGGGUAGAAACAGGCCAGGGACGAUGUGGGGCUUGCCCACUUUCCUCCAGCCAUGGCCAUGUGGCUCUCAGGGCAGCAAAGGGAAGGGAGGAUUUGGUUUAGCUUACCUUUGCUUUCUCAUGCCUGUUGCCCGAAUGUCAGAAUCUCCAAAUCUUUCUGAAAUUUAACCCAAGCAUCAGCCAAUCACAAGUUUCAGAAGCCCUGUGAAGACGCAAAUCCAGAACUCAAGAACUGAAGACAGAACGGUGGGACUGGUUUGACUCAUGUGAAACUUUGCCAAACGAAGCUGAGCCGUCCGGCCGUGAGGCUCCCUGUGUAUAGGGAGUCCCUUUCCAAAUACUCACCAAGGCCUCUUUGGAAUAGAUUGUGUUCUGGCUAGCAGGGUGGGCCAAGACGUCAAAGCUCCUUUCCAGCUCUUAGAUUGUUGGGAUUGCAUAAACUCUCCAUUCACUCUGAAAAUCUCUAAUCUGCCGACUUCUUAAGUGAGUGGCGCCCAAGCACUUCUCGUGGGUUCUUUUUGCUACGGCACCACCCCCAGGCAGCCCUCGGGGCCUGUGGAUUCGUCUGAGGCCCUGCAAACCAGCCCUGCUUACGAGGUAGCACAGGACAGGAUCCUAUGGGCAAAACUGCAACCUUUCUGAAAAAUUUUUUUUGCACGUAUUUCCAGAUGCUCCAAAGGCUACAGUAUUUUAAAUUCACUUUUUGUCAUCAUCUGUACAAUUGCCAAAUAGUUACAGUGCUAAGUAUCAUGACCUAUGUUCACUUGAUUUUAGUAUCAUUAAUUCUGUUUAUAUAAAUGCAUUUCCUAAGACCCAUAUCCACAAGCAAGUUGGCUGGAGCGUGCAGUGAAUUCAGAAGCAUGAGGACAAAGCAAAAAGCCAGCCGUCCCAUUUGGCCGGCAGAAGGUGGUGCACUGUGUAAGCUAGCCUCAGGGUAGGGAGAGACAGUUGCGGGGAAGAGGGGGUUGGUGAUUUCUGACCCCUGGAGCUGGGCUGUCACAUCCACCGCAGAUCUCACGUCUCAUGUUCCGAAAUGGCACAGCUGAUCCAAGCUGCUCAGAAACUAGACAGACACAUUAAAAAAGGGAAAGAACAGGUCCACUGCAGUCAUCCAACACGGCGUUCCUUUUAAAUGCUUCAAAGACAUGUCCUUAAAAUUUCAGCCUGCUCAUUAAUGAGCGGGCCAUUGUGCUUAAAAUGAGUAGGGGGAAGAAAGGUUUUUAAAAAUUGCCAAAAAGUUAGAUGAAAAUGUACUAGUGUAUAAAGCAAAACUGUAUAUACUAAACGUUUUUUAGCAGAGAAUAUUUAUUUGCAUAGCCUAUUUAUUGUAUUCGUAUUACACGGUUACUAAAUACUGGGAUGAAAUUGAUGCCCUGAAGCAAGGACUCUUGCCUUUUAAUGUGUCAUUCAUUAGGACUGCUGUGACGUUGUCAGCUUGCAUUAACAAUUAGAAGACAGAAAACCCGCAAUCAGGGUGUCUACCUAACUUCUCAGGGACUACACUUUGUAGUUUUCCACCAUCAUAAGAGCUGGUAAAUAUGAAACAUUUGUGGAGUUACCGGAAUUGCCAUUAACAGUAUUUUCUUUCUCCCACAUCACGCUUUCUGCUUCUGUAUAUAUGACUGUGCUGUGUAUUUAUCAAAGCUAGUAAGCAAUAAUUUAUAUGUAAAAAAUGGCCAAGCAAUAUAAGGUGAACACUUAUAUAAGUCACUGUUACCUUAUCUUGUAUUUUCAAGUGUUUUUUUUUAAAACUGCUUUUCCAAAUAUAAGAUUAUGUUAAAGAUA